AUGAAGAAAAUCAGUGUUUUCGCGUAAGUCAAUUUAUAACGUAAACGUGGUUAAGAGUUCAUCUUGCUUGCUCUGUCUCAAGGAAUAUUUUUUGUGGUUGUUCUGAGCUGCGCCCGGACUAAAAUUUCUCUUUUAACGAGAACAUAGUGCAACUUGGAAAGAUUGUUUCUGUUUCGGGCACAGGGGCGGAAAAAGUUCCUUAUUUUGGCCACAACAAAGGUACUCCGCGAACUGCGCCCAAGCUUGGGCACCAAAGUUAGGAAAAAACGCUUCGACCUAGCUGGCACUGAAUUACUAUAAUAGCUUUAUAGUUUUAAGGGUACCUACGAAGGCUGUGACGACUCAUUUAGUUCCAUACGGAGGCAAUAAUUUUAGUUCCGGAUAUGUUUCAUCGUAUAAAGUGUAAAAUCACAGGCUGCAGCCGUUUUUGAAGGGUAAGGUGGUACGUAAAAGAGAAGGUACCUCACUAACUAAAUCCACUCUCCGGGCAUUGGCAACGAUAAACUGAGCGUGCACGCUAAAUUUGGGCUAAUUCCGACCAGUUUCCGCAAAGUUAUAAGUUGUGGCCAAAAUAAGGAACUUUUACCACAGGGGCCAAUGCGCUAUCUGAAUCAAGCUGAAACUUAGCUCCGGCGAGCUGCGAAAGCUUGUUUUCCGAGCUGCGCCUUACCACUUUCAGCUAACUUUCGGCAAACUUUCAGAUAGCACAUUGGCCCUAGCUUGGCCAAAAAAUAUUUUUGGCCCGGGCGCAGCUCGGAUUUUUUUUUGACUGACGCAAGUAUGCCAAAAAAAAUUGUCUAAAAGUUGGCUAAAAAGUUGUGCCCAGUAUAAGGAACUUUUACCUAUUUUCUUUGCCCGACUAAAAAGUUCAAUUUCUCAUCCUUCUUUACCUUAUUUAAUUUAGCUUCGUCCUGCUGUCGGCCGCGAACGCGGCCAAUAAUCUGCCGGUCCGCGAACGCUUCUACGACGGCAGUCCCAGCGAUCCGGACACCCCAAUCUCGUGCGAUUCGGACUCGGUGGUGUCGACCUCGAGCGAAAAAUGUCUCACCUACUAUUACGACUGCCACGGGCACAAAGGCAAGUACCUGGAGGUGGGCGAUUCGAGUGAGGGCCGUCUGAUUUUCUUCGAACAGAACGGCCACACACUCGAGGAGUAUUGGGACACGCUGGCUGCGCUGAUGUACUCGUGCCUCUUUUAUCCCGAUAGACUCUAUGCCAUCAAGCAAAAAGGAACGGGGUAAGUAAAAAAAAAUUUUUUUAGUGAAAGAUUUUUUUGGUAAAAGUUGCGCUGAUUGGCCAAAAAAAUCUAAAGUCUUGGAAAAAUGCAAGCGGCACGACCUGCGGAGGACAUUUUAUACAAUGAAAAGUUGGCCAGAAAUGAAUGUUCGCUGCUGGUUUUGGCAAGGCAAAUGGCUCAGAAAGCAUUUAAAACGGUCUACUGGUCGCUCCAGAAAGUGCUCGGCCAUUUUUCGCAGCGCACAGUGCAAGUUUCCGCGAUCCUUUUUGAAGCAUUUUGCACUGUGCAAUUUCUAAAAAUUUGCGCCGAGAAUUUUUGGAAGUUGAGAAAAGGUUUCCUACUAUUAUAUGUAUUUAAAAAACGGGCCGGACCGUUUUUUUUUAUUUUUGGCUCGCCUAGUAGAAGACUAGCCAGAGAUGAGGCGGCCAGGAGACUGCCCCUGGGCUAGAAAAGGUCUCUCCGUUCCUAUGUAUUCGCCAUUUCAGACAAUUAAUGUCUGUGAAUUGCAUGACCCUUCGCAAGAAGGUAACACAUCUUCAUAAUCAACUCUGUCAAUUCAAUCGUCGUCCUCUCGCCAAUAUCGAGCAGGCAAAUGUGAAGGCGGCCAAACUGGCGGAGACAGGCAAGUAAAUAUUUGGGUUGAGCCUGAACUCUCCCCCUUUUCUGAACUUUCCCCCAAUCUGAACUCUACCCCUUUUUCAACUCUACCCCAAAAAAGGCUGAACUCUACCCCUUUUUUGAUUUUCGCCAAAAAAUCUGAACUCUCCCUCUUUUUGAACACUCCCCCAUUUUGAAAAUUGAAAAAACGAGGCGUGACAUGUUAUACCAUGGAAAUUUUUUUCAAAUUGAAAAACGAGGUUUGACAUGUUAUACGAUGGAAAUUUUUUUCAAAUUGAAAAGAAUCAGAUGUGACGUCUUAUACGAUGAAAAUUUUUUUCAAAUUGAGAAAAAUAAGAUGUGACAUAUUAUACGAAGAAAUUUUUUUUCAAAUUGAAACGUUGACCAGAGAUGAUUCAAAUUGAAAAAAAAAAUUCAUCGUAUAAGAUGUCACUACUUAUUUUUUUCAAAUUGAAUAAAAAAAAAUUCAUCGUAUAAGAUGUCACAUCUUAUUCUUUUCAAUUUGAAAAAAAAUUCCAUCGUACAACAUGUUACACCUCGUUUUUUCAAAUUGAAAAAAAUUUUCAUCGUACAACAUGUCACACCUCGUUUUUUCAAAUUGAAAAAAAUUUUCAUCGUAUAAGAUGUCACUACUUAUUUUUUUCAAUUUGACAAAAAUUUUCAUCGUAUAAGAUGUCACAUCUUAUUCUUUUCAAUUUGAAAAAAAAUUCCAUCGUACAACAUGUCACACCUCGUUUUUUCAAAUUGAAAAAAAUUUUCAUCGUAUAAGAUGUCACUACUUAUUUUUUUCAAUUUGACAAAAAAUUUUCAUUGUAUAAGAUGUCACAUCUAAUUUUUCUAAAUUUGAAAAAAAUUUUCAUCGUAUAAGAUGUCACACCUCACUUUUUCAAUUUUCAAAAUGAGGGGGAGUGUUCAAAAAGGGGGAGGGUUUAAAAAGGGGUAGAGUUCAGAAAAGGGGUAGAGUUCUGCCGCAACGAAAGAGUUGCGAAGAUUGGCCACCCCGGAAAAUGAAAAGUUUAUGCAAGCCGUUUGUUUCUCAAUCACACGUUUUCAGGGUCCAUCAUAACCUUGAAGACAACAGGCGAAGCGGCGAACUACGGGUUGUUCCCCUUCGACAGGGACUUUUUUGACUCGGUUGGGGAAGGUGAGUAUAUCAAGACGACCAUCAGAGAGCGCGGAGGCUGUGCGUAUUCGACGGACGGAAUUGGAGUGGAUCAGAAGGAUCAAGACGUCAGGAAAGCUGCCAACAAAUUCUGCAGAUUCGGUGAUGAUGGGCAGUUGUAAGUUGUGGGAGAUUUCGACGGAAAAGAUGGGUUAUUAGGGAGACCUGACCGGUCAAUGUGAGCCAUCUGAACAGUAUUGUUGCCAAGCUGGGUAAAAGUUCCGUAUUUUGGCCACAACUUAUAACUUUGCGGAAACUGGUCGGAAUUAGCCCAAAUUUAGCGUGCUCGCUCAAUUCAUCGUUGUCAAUACCCGCACAGUGGAUUUAGUUAGUGAGGUACCUUCUUUUUUUCAGUACCACCUUACCCUUCAAAAACGGCUGCAGCCUGUGAUUUCACAUUUUAUACGAUGAAACAUGUCCGGAACUAAACUUAUUGCCUCCGUAUGGAACUAAAUGAGUCGUCACAGCCUUCGUAGGUACCCUUAAAACAAGACCUAUUAUAGUAAUUCAGUGCCAGCUAGUUCGAAGCGUUUUUUUCCUAACUUUAGUGCCCAAGCUUGGGCGCAGUUCGCGGAGUACCUUUGUUGUUGCCAAAAUAAGGAACUUUUUUCCCAAGCUGAACUUCGGACCAAAACCGAUCAAUUUUGCACUACACUUUUUUGGUUAACUUUACAAUGGAAAUGCUCGAAGUGCGACCCUCACAUUUUGAUGAAACUUGCCACGAACUUACAAGGGAAGUGGUUCAGAUCGCAAAUGAGUUGAGCUAUGGGACCGGUAUAUUCUGAUUCUCCAUAUUCGAAAACGGUAAGAGCUAAAACAAUUUUUCCGUCUGGGCCCUGGUUUUCGAGAAAAUCGACCGUAAAGUUUGACCGGAAACCCCGCUAAAUAGUCCUCGCUCCGAAAGACCUUUGGAUCAAGAGCCAAAUGGCGGAGGGCGAGUGAAAACGCUCUCAAAAUUCUUUUGUCCGGGAUGCCGGGGAAGGUUCGAGUCCCGCUAGGCUCAAACCCAUGUGCAAAGAGCUUUGAUAUUGAAAAUGAUAAAAAAUAAAAAUUUUUUAGUUUUUUGUGGCAAAGUGUACCCCAAUAAUUUUAGAUCAAAUAGUUUUUUUUAGGAAUAAACGCUUCAUUUUUGAGUUCAACGCAUAGAUAUGCCUAUUUGACAUGCAUUUCAAUAUUUUCUCCAAAGUACGCAAAAGGAAAAAUAUUUUUUUUGCUUUGCAACCAUUAUAAAUUAGGGUUUGCUCCUAGCGAGACUCGAACCCUCCCCGGCAUCCCGGACAAAAGAAUUUUGAGAGCGUUUUCACUCGCCCUCCGCCAUUUGGCUAUUGGCCCAAAUGUCUUUCGGAGCGAGGACUAUUUAGCGAGGUUUUUUCCGGCCAAACUUUACAGUCGAUUUUCUCGAAAACCAGGACCCAGACGGAAAAAUUGUUUUAGCUCUUACCGUUUUCGAAUAUGGAGAAUCAGAAUAUACCGGUCCCAUAGCUCAACUCAUUUGCGAUCUGAACGACUUCCCUUGUUAGAAUAUUUUUUUUUCUCAGGCAAAUGCCAGACUCCUAGUUCGCGCUUUACGGAAACGACCGAAAUUUUUUAGUCGAAAAAUUCUAAAAAUUUCAUUUCAAAAUUUUAAGGUUUAUGCGACAUUUUUUGGCUUGUAUUUUGCUAAAAUUACCGAAACUUUUAGAUUAAAGAAUUUUCAAAAUUUCAAAUUUUUUUUUGAAUUUUACCAUCAAAAACUUUAUGCCUAUUUCUCCCGUAGAAGGUAAUAUUUCCACAAAAAAUCUUUUUUUUCCGCACGAAACUGGCAAAGACAUAGCCAAAAAAUGUGGCCCUCUCGCAGCUCUCCGCGUUCCCCGUACUCUCUCGGCCGCAGGGAUCGUUCCAUAUCUCGGCUGUCCGUGCAAAGCGCGCGCUAAAAUUUCCAGCAAUUGAUGUGGCCUAUUCCCGAAAAGUGCGAAAAAUUGAGACAAAAUCUGACCGUCGCACUUGACGGUACUUCCCUUUGUUGGUUGUUGACCGGUCAAGGUCCCACAUUUCUUAAUUCUCAUAUUUUAUUACACGUAUUUUUAGAUCAUGUCGUGCGAAUCAAGGACUGAACGCCUUCGAAUACAAUCUCAAAAAUAUGAACCCUAUUCCUAGCAAGUGA